UCGGGCAGCGCGAGCGGUGGCGGCGGCGGCGCGAGCGGAGCGGAGAUGUCGGGGAGCCAGCCGCAGGGGGGAAGAGGCGUGCCGUGUUUGCGCUGCAGAGGGCUGUGCGCGGGCUUCGAGCCACACUCCUGGAGGAAGAUCUGCAAGUCGUGCAAGUGCAGCCAGGAGGAGCACGGCCUGAGCUCGGAGCUGGACGAUGACUGCAAGAUCGGGCGCCUGCUCGCGGGCUCCAAGUACGCCACGCUCACGGCGCGGCUCAAGGGCGGCGACGGCGCCCGCAUCUACAAGAGGAACCGCAUGAUCGUCACCAACCCCAACAUCUCGGGCAAGGACCCCACCUUCGACACCAUCACCUACGAGUGGGCUCCCCCCGGGCUCACCCAGAAGCUGGCCAUGCAGUACAUGGAGCUGGUCCCCAAGGAGCUGCAGCCGGUGGCGGGCACGGACGGCGCCUUGCAGCGGCGGCGGCGGCUGGCGCGGCAGCUCCCGCUGCACGACCAGGACCCGGCGCAGUGCCGCGGCCUCGCCGAGGGCGAGCAGCAGCUCAUGCACGAGUUCGUCAAGAGGUACAAGGCCGAGGCCCUGGGCGUUGGGGAGGUGGCGCUGCCGGGCCAGGGCGGCGGCGGGAAGGAGGAGGAGAAGCCCCAGGAGAAGAGCAUCGACCCCGGCAGAGCCCCCGAGUCACCCAACGGGGCCCUGGAGAGCACGGCCGGGCACUACCGCUGCGAGGCGUGCCAGCAGCCGGUGCCCGGGGACUGCCCCGUGGUGUACGCCGAGCGCGCCGGCUACUGCCGCCAGUGGCACCCGGCCUGCUUCGUGUGCUGCCGCUGCCGCGAGCCCCUCGUCGACCUCAUCUACUUCUGGAAGAGCGGGGCUGCCUGGUGCGGGCGCCACUACUGCGAGAGCCUGCGGCCCCGCUGCGCCGGCUGCGACGAGAUCAUCUUCUCGGAGGACUACCAGCAGGUGGAAGGGCUGGCCUGGCACAACAAGCACUUUGCCUGCCUGGAGUGUGAGACGCUGCUGACGGGCAAACCCUUCGCCCUGGCCAACGCCAGCCUGCUGUGCACCACCUGCAGCCAGAGCAGGGCCUGAGCAGGGGCUCCCCCAGCUCCCACCAGGACUGGGGGCAUUUGGAAAUACAGGAGAAGGGGAAGGUUACAAAAUUUAAGAGUCUGACUAUUCACUUGCAAGCAACUCCAUGUGCCCCUGCAUCCCGCACAGCGUGAGGAAAGUGAUUCCUUGGGGUCCUCUUGGAUCUGCCAGGGAGCCCUUGUGCCCACGGGUGGGAGAGGCACGUGUACCUGGCCAGGAGCAGCUGGAAAGGAAAGGAGGGGCUGGGCUCUGCUGGUUCUUGUCAAGUCUGUCCAACCCUCUUAUGACUAAGAUCUUGCAAUAGUCUUUUGGAAAUAACACAUCUCAACAGUAACUUCUGGCAUACUAAACCUACAGUUGUGGUCAAAAACAAGGGGUGUUUGUGGUUUUUAAAUCCUUACUGGAAUUAGGCGAACAGGCUGCUGCCACUGUGCCAAGGCAGUGGGUUUGAGGAAUUUGAUCAACUUGCUGAAAGCAAAUGGUACAAAAUUGCAGCCACACGCAGCUGGGGCUUUGUCCUGUGCAAGAAGCAAAACCAAGGAGUGGGCACACAGGGCGAGGGGUUCACCCUGCUCAGAGGGGCAGGGCAGGCUCUGCCUGGUCAGUGGCUGACUCAGCCCCUGGAGCUGCCACCCGCAACUGGAAUGUAAAGAAUUUUGUGGAAAACAGCUUUAUCAGCUUUUUUGGGGGCAGAGUGUGUGUGUGUGUGUGUGUGUGUGUGUGUGUUUCCCUGAGAAGCUGCAAUGUCACUUGUUCCCUGCAAUACUUCAGUGACCCUUCCAAGUGCCAGGGAGCUGUCCCUUGCCCUGGGCUCUGCCCUGCUCCCUGUCCCACAGCUCUGCCGUGGCCUCGCAGGCCUGGUGCUAUCCCAGGGUCUGGCACCCAGUCCCUGUGGGUGUUAUUUGUUCCCUACACCAAGUGAUGCUUCUGCUACUCCCUGGAAACCUCGGCAGCCCAGGCUGGCAGGUGUCCGUGCCCAGUCUGCCCUGUUAUCCUGAGUCUCCUCGUGGUUUGCCAGAGACCUGGAAUGUUUUCUCGCCGAGGUGAGUGUCCAGGGAGCUCCCAGCUGCUGGGGCUCCUUCUGCUCAGCAGCCUCUGGUUUCUGCUCAAGGCCUGCCCGGUUUGGUGGGUGUUGGAAUAAGUCACCUGUGUUGGGAUAACUCGGAGGUGGGCGCUGGGGGGGCUGGACCUGCUCAGGGCUGAGCAGGUGAGCUGUGGGCCUGCACAGCUGGGGUGGCACAGAGCCACUCCUGGUGCCCGCUGUGCCACCAGCAGCCCUGCCACAGCCCCUGUGGGGGACACUGGGGACACUGGGGUCCUGCAGGAGCCGGGGAGGGAGCAGAGCCGGGGCUGAGGGGCACAGGGGGGUGAGCUCUCUGCCAGCCCCCCUGGUGCCACUUCUGCUGCGUUUGGGGAUCCACAUGGGCACAGGAGCACUUCAGCAGAACCCUGGUUUUGUGGUAAACCUCCCCUGCCCCCUGGCUGGGGAGCUCUGGGGGAAAAGGGGAUGCCCUCCACCCCAGGCAGGGCUGAGAGCAGCCGAGCCCCAGCGCGGGGCAGUGGAGAAGAGGUGGUGCUUGGGCAAUGUCAGAGCAGAGCACGGGACAGCAGGGCUCUGGGGGCUGUGAGGGCAGGGCUGCCCCCUCCCCGGCACCCUCUCCGACAGGAGAGGGGCCAAGUUCACUUUAUGCACAAGGAAAGACUCCAGGGAGACCUUGUAGAUGCCGUGCAGGCCUAAAGGGGCUCCAAGAGAGCUGCACAGGGACUGUGGACCAGGGGUGCAGGCAGCCCAGGGCAGCAUGUUCUCAGCUGUGAUUUUGUGAUCUGUAAAUUGUGAUUUGUGCGAGUCCCUGCUCCAGCACACACUUACUGCGACUGCUGGCAUCUGCUCAAGCCUUGCAGGUAUUUCUGCAGCUCGUAAAAUAAUGUCUGCUAAAGAAAUUUACUGCAAUUAAACAGCUUAACAAAAUCCUGUGCUCUCCAGUGUCGGGAGCAAAAGCGUGAAAUUAAUGCAUCAAACAGCUCGAAACAUAUGGGAGACUUUAGUGUUGAUACUGGAACUGAAAUUCAGAGUAGGCAUGAGCUGAUCCUCCCCCAGCAAGGACAGCACUUUAACUUGUGGGGCUGCAAAGGACAGAGCCCUUCAUGUCCUGGAAUGGCCAGGGCAGCGAGCACAGGGAAUCUGUGCCUCCUGUGUGAGCAUCCAGCUCCAAUUUCAACUCGAGCAUUCUGUGUAGUUCUCAAUACGACUGACAGUACAUUUAAAUGUUCCUAAAGCUUUAAAUAAAGUACUUUUGGAUACAAAAAUC